ACGUCACUAGUAUUUAUUUUCGUCUGAAAACAUGGCUUCCUCGGUAGUGAAGUAAAUAAAGACCGUAAAAGUUGUCGAAAAUGGAUCCCCAAGGGUUUGUAACAUAGCAGAAAAGUAUGGGUACCGGGGCUAGCGCUGCAAGAAGGCAGUGGGCUGUAUCGGAAGAGGAAAAUACCGCGGCCCCAAAUGCCGAGGCCGCGAAUGUUGACUCUGCUGUCAGGGAUAUGGCGGGCAUGGCGAAACUGAUGGAAGCGAAGCAAAAGUUUCUCAAGAACAGGAAAAAGAAUACUGCAUGCUUUCAAAAAGAGCUAGCUAGCACAGACCUUAUCAAGGAAAUGUACAAGCGAAUGAAUCCAACAGUGACUCAGGCGGACAGCGGGGAUAUCAAAGGAGACAUUGAGAUGUCUCUAAAGUACAAUCACCGGGAACAGCUACUUCUUGUGAAAGUGAUAAGAGCAAGGGACUUGGUCCCUCGUGACCUUAAUGGGAAGUCUGACCCAUAUGUGGUGCUGGAACUAGUACCUGACAGAUUGGAGGAAGGUACAAAGAAGACUCGCUUCAAGCAGAAGACUCUGAAUCCAGUGUUCAAUGAGAUCUUCCAGUUCAAGGUCCCCCAUAACAACCUCACUGACACCAAGCUAUGUGCUACCAUAUGGGAUCAUGACUUUUUUGGUGAAGAUGACUUUAAUGGAGAGGCGGUGGUGGAUCUGUCUAGAGUGAAUUUUAACAACGGAACACACACUGACUGGUUCAUGCUACAGCUACAGACUGAUUUUAGUAUCACUGGGGAGCUGGAUGUGACGGUUGAGUACCUAGAGCCAGAUACAUUAGCUGUGACUAUCCACAAAGCCACAAACCUUAAGUCCUCCAACAGCAUGGCAAACACAUCAGAUGCAUACGUCAGAUGCUCUGUCUCUGGACUGGAUUAUCAUGAGCAGACUAAGGUUAUUCCAGGUACUUUAAACCCAGAGUUUGCAGAAAUAUUUGAAUUUGAGGUCCCCAGAGAGGAGUUGGAUCAUAGGGCUAUUCAAUUCCAUGUAUUCGGCAAGGAGACUCUGGUUCAAGACGUGUCUUUGGGUCAAGCCUAUUUUGAUCUCAAGUCCCUGGAUCUUGAUGAACCAGAGAGGACAUCAUUGCCACUGGCUGACUUGAAAAAUGAAUGCCUGAAGCGUGCUGAGUGGGCACAAAAUGCAGUGGCUCAGGAGUUCCGAGAGGCUAUGUAUGCCCAUGCCAUGUACAAACACCCAACCUUCAUCUACUCGAUGCACAACAAAGGCAGAAAGAUGUACUCAGUGAGUAGUCGAAAUGCAGGCUCAUCGGCGAAAGUGUUUCUUGUGAAUGGCAUCCCAGUAUAGUCACUUGCAGUAAAUCUUUAUUCUGAGUGCAGCCAUUCUUGGUGCUUUCAACGCAGUAAUGGUGGCUGCUGGGUAGAUAAGCGCAUCUCACCGCCUUUUAGCCCCUGUUCUGCAUUUGUUAUCCACUUUGAUUUCCACUUUGAUCAUACACCUAUUUCAAUUAAAGGUAAUCAAUUUAUCAUAACCCCCAGUGCUUCAUGGGUAACGUAGAAAUGGCUGAAUCCAGUCUUUGUCAGCCCUUUGGAUGUUUAGAGAAAUAAGAAUGUUAAAACUUUCUAAUCCUGGUUUUGUUUUUAGUUAAGCUUAUUUUCUUAUUUAUUUGAUGCCCAUGAAGCACAGCGGGUUAAGACACAUGGAUCCUCCAAGUGCAGCCUUAUUUGAGAUAGGUGUAUACAUUAUACAUUAUGAUCAGGUACACUGCUAUUCUAGUCACUCAGUCAAGUAGAAUUAGAAGCAGAUUGCCAAUGUCUAAAAAAAGGAAGGUAAGCAAAUUCUAACUUCCUAACAUGUUUUAUUUCAUGAGCGAAAGAUCAAAGCUUGAAUAUCCAUAUUUAUCAAUACCAGGGCAUCGGGGUUUUUAUGGGGUUAAGUCCUAGUACCCUUCUUACUCCAUCUAUUAUACUGAGCACCAUUAUCAGAUCUAGUUUUGAGUUUAAACCCCUUCCACCUCUUCAUUUGGGCGCAUAAAAUAAAAUAAAAUAAAUAUACGAGACACCCAUUCCUACUGAGUGAACCCCUUAUCAAGAGGAUCCGUAUUACAGAACUAAUAAGCUGGGAACCGCCCUAGAUACUGGUACUGAAUCAUGUGAAUAGUGAAAUGUAAAUAUGAUUAGUUUUCUAGUUUGUACGUUUGUAGCUGUAGGUUUUUUAUUAUAAAACACACGUACUAGG